AUGGCCACGGCCACAGCAGCACCAGCAGCAGCACCAGCAGCACCCACACUCGCACCCGCAGUAGCAGGUGGUUUCGAAGUUGCGGGCCAUGCCCCGACUCUGAAUCCCACACUCUCUUCUGCUACGGUAUCCGCAUCCGCAUCCGCGUUCGCGUCCGCGUCUGCGUCUCCUUCAUCCUCAUUCUCUUCGCAAAGUGCUGUUGCAUUCCAUACUCCCUCACUUUCUGCGACAUCUUCAGCAAAUUCACCCUCUUCACCCUAUGAUGCACAUCGGCUGAGCCACAACUCGUCCAAGCUUCCCGCUUUUCGAUUCGCCGACUUACACAAGCAAUACCAAUCCACACGCCUAGUGCUCCCCUCACUACUGCAGCACAUCCCGCCGUCGCCUGUCUCGCCUAAAUCGACUCCAACCUCCAACGAAAUUCACUCGGCACCGACCACUGGUACCGACGCCUUCAUCGACGCCGUCACUGCUAUUGGCAUUGGUAUUACCACUGAGACUGACACCGCCUCUCCCACCACCCUGCCAACAACGUCAGACCUGCAGCUGCACCAACAGCCGCACCAGCAGCCACAACAACACAGCGCCGACCCGGAAAACAACAUCCCACCCCAAAACACCCAUUCGACUUCACUUCGACUGCACGACCGCCGCCCCUCCCAUCGUCAAUUGUCGCAACUCUCCCCCCGUAUUUCGAGCCCCAUUCACGAGUUGCCCGAGUCGCCUCCAAAGCUCAACCCGCGAUCCCGCGCAUCAACCUAUCAGGUUGCUACCCAGUCGACCCCUGCAACUUCAGCCACCUCAACUAGACGGCCCGCGUCUUAUCCCGACCGCCCCGUCAUUGUUCAGUCCAUCUCAUCCCACGGCAACGUCGCAGAUCCCAAGACACUCGCCCCCCUCUCCCGACUGCAAACUCGAAGAGCGGCUGCAUACCGAUCCCGCGAGUCAAAUGCGACCGACAUUGAGUCAACACCCGUAGAGACCGAUCGCCUGAAAACCUCCGACACACCCGACGACGUCCCUCAACCCCCAGGCGACAAAACAACAAAGGACUGGGCCCAGGGACAGCGCGAGCUGAUACUGCCAAAGACUUUGCAGAACUCGAGCCCGACAGAUGAGAAACGAAAGUCAAUAGCCUCGCGACCCCCCGUUUCCUUCAAAGCCACUACCGCCAGCACCUCGACCGCCUCGGUGCGCGUGGCUCCCAUCCGCUCCUUUCGCUCAUCCGGGUCUCGUCGAAGUCUGGGACUCGACAGCAGCACCUCGACCAUGCGGUCUUUUGACUUUGGCGACGACUACGCCGACUCCAAUCAACGCGACCGCACCCUGCGCGCCCUCGAAGGCAGACGCGACGACGAUUAUUCGCAAAUGACACCGCCGUUGUCAGCCGACGCCGACGACACAACCGGUGACGUCUUUAUGAAAAUCGCUAGACAAGAGCCAUCGCGCCGUGGCUCUGGAGAUAUUGCGCCAGCGGAGCAGCCAAGUGCCAUAAGUUUCGCCAUGGACGACCGUGAGCUUACUGACGACGAGCAACAGGCCCGUGUCGCAAGAUCUUCGCAUCGCCGACCCCUCUCCGCAGCUGUUCCAUUGUCUUAUCAUCAUCCCGUCUCCCCACCUCAAAUCAGUCGUCGUCUAUCCGAUCAGCAAGAGACCUCCAAGAAAAGGAUACGCCAAUCGUCAGAGGAUGACAGCGCCGCUGACCCUAUGGCUCGCGCAUUGGCGUACCGAUCACCUUUGACUCGAGACCGGCCGUCGUCCGCGCAUCCCGGUGAGGACCUUGGUCGCGCAAAAACUUUCCACCAAUCCUCCUCUCGUUCGACCGUCAACACACCCCGGUCCUUCACUUUUCAAGAUCCGAUGGGAGAAAAUUCUCCAUACGCGAGGAGAAGGCCGUCGCUAACAGACAGCAACACCGGCUACUCUGCCCGCAGCUCGGCGUACAGACAAUCGAACUUGUCUUAUGGCCAGACCCGUACGUACAACUCUUCGCCCUUGGUCCCUAAAUCGAUAGAAGCGCCGCGCACCGAAGCACAUCAGGACGCGGCAACGGGAGUUGAAGGAACAGAAUCGACCGCAACAGCGUCGACAAACGCACCGUCGACAGUGUGGGAUGAGUUGGAUGAUCUCAAGUCGCGCAUCCAUCGCCUGGAAUUAACCGGCAAGCUGCCUGCGACCUCCGGCGCCGCAAUGUCUCGAGCCUCUGACGAACGUCCACCUACCGCAACCAAUACGACCAUGUCCACCUCGCCGAAACGAGCUUCUGAUAGCCAGCACCACCAGACCGAUGCUGUCAGCACCACAUCUUCGCAACGCGAGGUCCAGCAGCCCAUCCUUCUCUCUGCUGUCAGCAAGUCCAAGCCGUUCCUCAGCGAGGAGGUAGCAAAAGCACUCGAGGUAGCUGCAACAGACGCCUUGGCUCUAGCCAACAUGAUGGGGACUGCAGGCCAACCGGGGCCCAUCUCAAGCGGCGCUAGCACCAUCGGAGUUGGCACGAAUCUGACGGAUCGUCAACUGCGACGCAAGGCUGACAGCAUCUGCCGAAGCCUCACAGAGCUGGUUUUGGCAUUGAGCGAAGAAGCGGCUGGCAAUAAGACUGUCCAAGUCAGUGUGCCUAUAACCAAGGACACGACGACACCGGUCACACCAACCAUCAACAAGACCUUCAUUGGCGGAUCCGGUCAACGGCGCCCUAGUAUUACGUCUGAGCAGCAGACCCUCCCGAAGCCCAAUGCCAAUACGGUCACGAGCCCUAGGGCCCUCUCCAAAUACGAAGAGAGACGCAGCACUAUGCUCAACCCGGCCUCGCUCCCCAGUCCCAGGUUCGCCCUUCCGCCUGGCACCAUUCCUAGUACACCGGGAGACGGCAGCAAAACGGCGAACCGCAAGUCAUCUUUAUUCAUUGGUCGGUCGCGUCGUGCUGUCACCGAAGAGCCUGAGGACGGCCGCAGGUCAUCUAUGCUUCUAAGGACCCGGAGAGCAGGCACAGAAGAGGCGGAGGAUUCACGCGAAGCAGGUCGCGAGAAUGGACGCCAAACCUCAUUACUUCGCUCGCGUCGGGGGACUGUUGGCGGCGAGGAUGAAGAUGAAUCUCGAUUUCGCGCCCCGUCCCGGGCGGCUACAGAGCUCACCACACCGGCCCGCGCGGUCUCUCACACCUAUCACUCAAACACAAACCCCAACGAACUAUCAUCACCAGCUUCUUCUGCUCUGCCUCGCAGGCGGUUCGGAGCUUCAUCCCUCACUUCUCGGCUGGUUGCGCCUUCCACGCCAUCGCUGGCGACGCGCCGAUAUCUGGAAAGAACCCCAGAACGCGAACAACCUUCCUCAACCGAGAAGGUCACCGAAGAACGGCCGCAACAAGUUGUUGCGCAGCCGCGGCACUUUUCUCUCAGUCAUACUUCGCUGCUGAACCGGGCUAGCAGCAUUAGCCGCAGACCGAAUCGUGACAGCACGAUAACGAAUUCAUCAACGGCUGCUCAGUCGGGCAGCUACCGAUAA